AUGGAUUGGGUGUUGAAGCAGAACUGAGAUGGUCCAAACAGUGGUCCACAGGCCAAUGAUGGCUUUGUGAGGCGGGGACUCCCGUUUGGAUGCACAAAGGAAGAAAUCAUUCAGUUCUUCUCAGGUGCAGGCUAUGGGGGCUAUGAAGAAUACAGUGGCCUCAGUGAUGGCUAUGGCUUCACCACUGACCUGUUUGGGAGAGACCUCAGCUAUUGUCUCUCAGGAAUGUAUGAUCACAGAUACGGAGACAGCGAGUUCACAGUGCAGAGCACCACCGGCCACUGCGUCCACAUGAGAGGGCUGCCCUACAAAGAGGAGAACGACAUUUACAACUUCUCUCUCCCACUCAACCCUGUGAUUCAUACUGAGAUUGGUCCUGAUGGAAGAGUGACCGGAGAAGCUGAUGUUGAGUUUGCUACUCAUGAAGAAGCUAUGUCCAAGGACAGGGCCAACAUCAGAUACAUAGAACUCUUCCUGAAUUCAACAACAGGAGCUAGCAAUGGGGCUUAUAGCAGCCAGGUGAUGCAGGGCAUGGGUGUGUCAGCUGCCCCUGAAUUCCUGGAACCAGUCAGUGAGGGCUGUUCUGGGGCCAGAGAACAGCCAUGA